GAGCAUACAAGGUUUCUUAUCACAAGUCGUCUGAAAAACCGUCCACUAUCUUUGGUAACUCAACGGUUCAUCACAGUUUCAAACAAUUCAAACCCGUGUCCGUGUGAAGUCAAUUCCGAAUUCCGAUCAAUUUCGCAGUACUCUUCCGUGUUGUAAUAACAAUUUUCUUAGCUGACUCGCUCUGAGACGUGAGUAAUCAAUCUCUGUAAGUCCACUUACGAUUUAAUUAAAAUGCCACGUACCAAGAGAAGAACCGUCAAGCGUUCGUCUGYGGCCGACAUGACUACUGUGAAUGCAACSAUGGCCAACCAAUCGAAAAAUCUGAAAGAAAUUUUGAGCGAAUUUGAUUGUGAAAAACAAAAUAUUGAAGAUUAUUUUUCUGAUAUAUUUGAUACCCAAAGAAAUUUGAUCGAAAAUUCAUUUUUAAUGACAAAAAUGAAUUUGGGUGAAUCACUUCAUUGUAAUCUUUAUGAAAUUAUUUUUAAACAGUAUCCAUUAAAAUCCAAUAGUGGAACUAAAAAAAACCUGGAACGACCUUCAAGGCCAGUUACCAAAGCUACAGUAAAUAGGACAACUAGACAAAAAAGUAUGUCUAGUUCAACAUCUAAGACCAAACGUUCUGUCAUUGAAACAAAACACCGUAGUGCAACACGUAAUGUUGAUAAUAAGCCACUAUUAACAGAAACAAUAGAAUCUAAAUUUAAAGGUAAAACUGUCAUUUAA